UCAAACACAGUAAACAGUGAACCACAGCUCAGCUGCCAGCGCCAGUAAUCCAUUACAAUCAAAACUUAUCAAUAUGAAAUUCGUUAUUGUUUUUGUUGCUCUCUUCGCCGUGGCUUUGGCUGCUCCUCCAGCACAGCAAGUGGAAAUCGUGCGCCAGGAUUCCGAUGUCCAACCCGAGGGAUACCGUUUCGGUUACGCAACUAGCGAUGGUUCGCAGCACGAUGAAGAAGGCCAGCUCAAGAAUGUCGGCAGCGAAGAUGAGGCCAUCGUCGUAAAGGGUUCAUAUAGCUUUGUUGCCGAUGAUGGUGUGACAUACACAGUCAACUACAUUGCCGAUGAAAAUGGAUUCCAGCCCCAAGGCGCUCAUUUGCCCGUAGCUUAAAUUAAAAAUUCAUUUAGUUAGCACAGCAAUAAGGAUGCCGGUAUACAGAGUGUUUUUGAUUGUGUAUUAUUUUUACAAGUGUUGUUUAAAUUUUGAACGAAAAAGUUUGAAGUUUGAACGAAAAAAAUAAGCGCUUUAAUAUAUUUUUUUACCAAAAAGACAAACGAAGUUGUGUAUUGAAUAUUUUAGAAAACGAAAAGUAACAAUUUGUACCAAGGCGUAUUCAUUAAAGAUGGCACUAGACCAACAACAAAGUUUUGUACAUUUGAUUGUCAAAGAAAAGUAUUGGCAAAAUAAAAAACAAAGAAUGGCUUCCUCUGACAGCCAC